AUGACCUCAAAAAUUAUUGCCAAAGAAAUUGUUGAUGAGGUUCGUUCGAAGCCAUCUUACACACCGAUAGAGUGUUUGAAACAUUUUGAGGGACGAUAUGGUUGUUUGAUUGGUUAUUACCAUGCAUGGUUAGCAGUUGAGAAAGCAAAUAAGGAGCUAUUUGGUGAUUUUCAAUUAUCUUUUGACAAACUCCGCUGGUAUGCUGAGGAAUUAAAGGAGAAAAACCCGGGGACUGUUAUGGAUGUGGAAUAUUGCAAUGAAACUAAUCGGUUUAUAAGGUUUUUCCCGGCGUUUGAUGCAUGCAUUAAAGGCUUCAACUAUUGUCGUCCUAUUUUGGCUGUUGAUGGUACCUUUUUGAAGGGGAGAUACAAAGGAACGCUUCUCUCAGCUAUAGGAAAGGAUGCCGAUCAAGUUGAUAUUGUUUUUUGUUGUUGCCUUUUGUUGGAGUAUGAUUAUUUCCUCUUGCUAUCGGCGUUGUUGACUCUGAGACAGAGGCAAAUUGGCAAUGGUUUUUGGAAAAGCUGUCGACAGUUAUUACGUGUUCUCGGCCUCUUACGUUCUUUACGGAUCGUCACUCUGCAUUUGAAGGGAAACCUUAGGGAUAAGCUUUCAGGUCGACUCUCAAAUGGGUUUAGGGAGAAAGUAGUCAAUCUUUUCAAUGAUUGUGCACAUGCUCCUACUGUGAUAACUUUUGACAAGGCUCUUGAAGAGCUAUGUACUGUUGGUGGAGCGAGUGCAAAGAAUUUUGUUGAGUCAUUUCCGCUUGAGAGAUGGGCAAACGUGUACUUGAAGGUAGACGAUAUGGUGAAAUGA